AUGAUCAGCAUGCUUUGUCGCUACGCCUCUUGCCUUUCGCUGUGGCCUACUAUCGCUGUUCGCACAUCAACCGCUACUACCACCAUCACGAACGCCUACUCCGGAGGAUGGCGAAUGUUUUCGAAAUCGAUCGACAACAGCCGCGUACCGGUGCUGCAGGAGGACGAUUUGGAAGAAUCGUUCGUUCGUGGCAGCGGUCCCGGCGGUCAGUCGGUCGCCAAGACGAACAAUAAGGUCGUACUGACACACAAACCCACCGGUCUUGUGGUACAGUGCCAUACGAGCCGCUCGCUGUUCGAGAAUCGACGAAUCGCUCGACAGCUGCUGGUUACGAAACUGGAUCAGUUGAUCAACGGCGAGCAAUCGGUCGAAGCGCAACGGCAACGUCUAGAUCAGCGCAAGCAAACAGAGGCGGCACGCCGUAAGAUGCGUCUUCAAGCGAAGAAGAAAGCGUGGAAGGAGCGAGAAUUCGGUGACGAAGGCGGGACGUGAAUGACGGUCACAUUGACGAAAGUAGAGAGCGCUCAUAGUUGUUUUUUAUGUAAUAUUUACAGGUUAGAAACGAAAUAGACAGAUAAAUCUUGUUUCUACCAAGA